AUGGCCUAUGACCGCUACGUGGCCAUCUGCAAACCCCUGCACUACGGGACCCUCCUGGGCAGCAGAGCUUGUGUCCACAUGGCAGCAGCUGCCUGGGGCAGUGGGUUUCUCAAUGCUCUCCUGCACACGGCCAAUACAUUUUCCCUGCCCCUCUGCCAGGGCAAUGCCCUGGACCAGUUCUUCUGUGAAAUCCCCCAGAUCCUCAAGCUCUCCUGCUCACACUCCUACCUCAGGGAAGUUGGGCUUCUUGUGGUCAGUGCCUGUUUAGGCUUCGGGUGCUUUGUUUUCAUUGUGCUGUCCUAUGUGCAGAUCUUCAGGGCCGUGCUGAGGAUCCCCUCUGAGCAGGGACGGCACAAAGCCUUUUCCACGUGCCUCCCUCACCUGGCCGUGGUCUCCCUGUUUCUCAGCACUGCCGUGUUUGCCUACCUGAAGCCCCCCUCCAUCUCCUCCCCAGUUCUCGACCUAGUGAUGGCUGUGCUGUACUCAGUGGUGCCUCCAGCACUGAACCCCCUCAUCUAC